AUGGAAUACCUCCGUCGUAUGUUCUACAAGAAGCAGAUGGAUUUGGAAUACACCUUCUCUCAAAUGGUCUACCUCUGUAUAUCCCCGAGGAAGGUUUGUCAACUGACCAUAUACAGGCAUCAGACCAAGGGUCGGUGGUCCAGAGACGAUCCAGCGUUCGUCGUCAUCCAGGUGCUUGCGGUGGUAUUCACUUUUAUGCACACCAACUUGAGCGUGAAGUUCUUCCACAUUCUGGGGGUGUAG